AUGGAUGAAUUGUCUUCGGUGCCACAGGAAACGGAUUCUUCAGGAGAGGAACAGUUAGACGCAGAGGACCAAGCACAUUUGGAGCGAGUAUUAAUUCGGAGACAUGAUUCUUUGCCUUGCAUCACCUCUUUACCUAUAAUUCCAUGUGCCAAAUUACCAAAGAUUGCACGCUCAACAUCUGCUCAAGACUUACCUCGUCACAAGGACUAUAAAUUUCAUCUGUCAGCUAACUUUCAGACAAGCAUGAAAGAGCUUGAGAUGUGGAAGCGGCACAUUCUCAAUCCAACAGCCACAAUAGAUAGUUUAAACCUUAACAUUAACAUCAUUGAAAACCAAGUUACUGACACUCUUUCCAAUGUCCCAGAAAACUCCAAAGUAAUAAUAUCAGGGGCUAGAAUCAGACCAAAGGUUGAUGUAAACAAUAUCACAAAGAUAAAACGUAAAAAAAGGAAAAAAAUGCUGGACCCACAGAAACUGCAGCUGAUCUUCGAGGAACUGAGCAAAUCUACACAUAUUUUGGAAAGAUCUAGAUCCCUUGAAAGUCUGGCAUGCCCUGAAAGUGCACACCCUACAACUCUACAUCGCUUCCGGAGUUCCAGCCUUCCACGACAACUGGAAUUUUAUAGCUUUGUUAAGCGCUAUGGUGGAAUACAGGCUGAUCAGGAGGUGCGGGAAUGGGUGCGUGACAUCUGGAACAAAUGGUUUGAUGAAGUCUUUCCACCAAGUCCGGCUUCAGUGGAAGAGACAUUUGAGCAGUUUAAUAUCGCAAGUAGUGACUAUAUUCAACAAGAUAGCAAGAAGGAAAUGUCACUGUUAGCAGCUCUUGUAUCUGUGCCCCCAGUUCUGGUAGAAGACCCAGUUGCAUCUGUUGAGGAUGUGAAAAGUGAAAUUGUACAUCUGUCACUUCAAAUUGAGGGUACAGAGAUGCCCUCUGGUUUUCACUACUGUAGAAGAGGAGCACUAAAUAGAAAACUGGGAAAUAUAAAUCCAGCUCUUCAGGACUUAAGUAUGGCCAUAGAACUACAACCAGAUCUGGUAGAUGCAUACUGGCACAGACAUUUAAUUUAUCUUCUGCAAGGAAAAUCAAAUGAAGCAUUAGAUGAUUUGAACAUCAUUAUCAAGCUAAAGAAAUCCCAUGCAGAUGCGUAUUUGUCCAAAGCUGAAAUAUUUAAAAAGAAUCAAGAUUACACUAUGGCUAUUCUCAGCUAUACACAGGCUCUUAAAUGUCGCCCCACUGACGAUGAUAUAUACUUCCGCAGAGCACAAAUGUACGAGACUCGGGAUGAAAUUGUUCUUGCUAUGGAUGAUUAUGCCCAGUGUUUUUACAAUAAUCCGAAGCGAGCAGAUGCACUUUUGAAGCACGGCUUAUAUUACUUUAAUAAUGGCAAUUGGACUGCUGCAGUGCAAGAUCUCAGCGCUCUUAUCAUGCUGGACUUUAACAAUGUGGAAGCCAGACUUUAUCGUGGGAGAGCAUACACAAAACUGUCUCGUUACACAGAAGCAGCAGAAGAUUUGUCAGCAGCUAUUCACUUGGCUCCCAAUAACUGGCUGGCUUUUUAUUAUCGUGGAUGUCUGCUGCGAAAAUGCCAUCCACAACGCGCUCUGCAGGAUUUUAGUAUUUCAGUGCUGCUUCAUGAAGGCUAUGAGAACCUGAAUGCUUUCCUGUACCGGGGGAUUCUGUACACUGAUUUGGGCUUGUGGUCAGAGGCUGAGUUUGACUUUGAACAUGUUCUUGCUCUGGAUAAGACUGUAGUAAUGGCGCAUGUGAAUAUGGGUCUCAUCUCCCUUCUACACCGGAAUCAAUAUGCUCAAGCUAUCCGCCACUUCUCUGCGGCUCUCAGAGUUGAUCCUAUUAAUAUAAAGUCGUAUCUGUGCAGAGCUGAGGCCUAUUAUAAGGUAAAGGAUUUGCAUAGUGCCUUAAAAGAUGUAACUCGUGUAAUUCAUUUGCACCCUGACACCUCUCAAGCUUAUAUCAUGAGGGGUCAGUAUUUACAUGAGAUGAAGAGACUCGAUGCUGCCAGCUUCUGUAUACACCAGUUAUCUGAAAUGACUCAAGGCUCCUCGCCCGUUCAGCUAGCUUUGGUACAGACAUUUCACCAGAAAUAUAACAGUGCUAUCGAUACCUUACAGUCUGCUAUCAAAGGCAAACCAGAACCCACCCUGCUGAUUUCACUUGGGAAAACUCAGAUGAAAGCAAAGAAAAACAAGGUUAAAACUGUUCUGUCUGAUGCUACAGAAAGUUUCAGACAGGCUCUAAAGCUUUUAAGUUCAUCUACUCACCAGACACCAUCCACUUCCAUCAAGGCAGAGGUUUUUUACCUUUUGGGGCAAUGCUACAUGGAACAGUACGAUUUUUUACAGGGUCUUGAGGCAUUUACCAAUGCAAUAAAAUACCGUUCUGGUUAUUUUGAUGCAUAUUUGCAGCGUGGGCUAUGUCGCAUGCAUCUUCAACAGUCAAAAUGUGUGGAGGAUUUCAACCGAGCUCUAGAAAUCAACCCAGAUUAUUUCCAGGCCUAUAUGUGUCGUGCUGCAUAUUAUGGAUUUAGGAAGAGGUAUACCAAAGCCAUCAUGAACUGCAACUCUGCUAUCAAAGUACAACCUAAGAGUGUAAGAGCUUACCUGUACAGAGGAUCCUUGAAAUACCAUAUAAAGGCUUAUAAAUUGGCCAUUGAAGAUUUAACUAAAGCAGCUGAGCUGGAUCCAUCUUGUUCACUAGCCUAUUACAACAGAGGAGCUUGCUACCAUCAGAUCAAGAUGUAUGAGAAGGCUCUUAUAGAUUACAGUAUUGUAAUUCUCCUUGGAGGGCAGAAGGAGGUUGAUAAUAAAGUUCUCAUGAACCGUGGCUUGCUUUACCUGGAACUUGAUGAUUAUGCCAAUGCAUUGCAGGACUUUAUGGCUCUAGCUAGGAAAACGCCUGGAGACAUUCAGAUUCAUCAGGUUAUAGGAAACUGCCAUCAGAGAUUACAGCAAUAUGAGAAUGCUGUACAUGCAUUCAGCCAAGUACUACAGUUGAAUCCUCUGUGUCCAUCGGGUUACAUUGGUCGUGGCAAUGCCUAUAUGGAAUAUAAGCAUGAACUUGGUACUAAGCUGGCUCAGCGAGAUUUUGUGAGAGCUCUUCAUCUUAACCCCAAAUGCACUGAAGCGCGAAUCUGUCUGGGAUAUAACUUACAGGCUCAGGGACAUUUUCAGAGAGCCUGGAAUCAAUUUACUGUGGCACUGGAUAUUAAUGCACACAUUGCUCUUGGGUUUGAAGGUCGUGCCAUUGUCAGUCUACAGAUGGGAGACACAUUUGCUGCUCUGCAAGACAUGAAUGCUGCUUUAAAGCUUGGCGUCACUGCACCUUUACUGACCAACCGUGGAGUGGUUCACCAGUUCAUGGGGAAGCUGUCUAAUGCAAUGAGAGAUUACCAGGCAGCUGUCUCAGCCAAUCCCAAGUAUUCACUGGCUUAUUUUAAUGCAGCAAACUUGUAUUUUCAUAAUCGCCAGUUCACACAGGCCAAAGAAUACUACUCAAAAGCUCUAGAGCUUGACCCUGAGAAUGAAUCAGCUGUUUUAAAUCGCGGCAUCACAAAAAUGUUGUUACAAGAUGUACAAGGAGCUUUGCAAGACUUCCAGACUGUUGUAGAUCUGUGUCCGUUCUCCUCUGCGGCCUUCUUUAAUCGUGCAAAUCUACAUAACACUUUGCAACAGUAUCAGCAGGCGGAGCGAGAUAUAACCCACGCUUUAAUGUUACAACCCGAGGAUCCUUUAAUGUACAAAUUGAGGGCUGACAUUAGAGGAAAAAUGGGAUUACAAAAGGAAGCCAUUGAUGACUAUGAGCGAGCUAUAAUGUUACUACAGGAAAGUACAGAUGCUCAGAGACAGAUGCUCACUAUAUGAGAACUCUACUGGCCGCAUCUUACAGGAACGUGUUUCUUAAAGAGAGAUAUUUGCAACAUUGAAUGGAAUCCUGUUUUACCUAGCACCAGAACUGUUGCAUUCUCAUUGUAGAAAAAUGUAUUAAUUAAAGGGACACUCAAGCCAAAA